AUGCCAUCUUUCCUUGUUUUUGGGGUUGAUUUGUAUAUUAUGAUUUAAUUAUAUGUAUUAGUUAUGUCUCGGUGCGAGUGUUCAACCCGCAUUAUACCCGCCACGUGUGCUUGGGGUCUAAUAAUUAUCUGUACCUCAUUGUACUUCGUGUUUAUAUCGAGGUAUCUGCUGCUUGCAUACAGUAUUGCAAUUCCUGUCUACCAGGGAGUUAUCACCAUAUUUAUGUUGGCCAACCUGUUUCUGGCAACGUUCAUGGAUCCAGGGAUAUAUCCUAAAGCUCAUGAAGAUGAAUCAAAAGAUGAUGAUUUUCGAGCACCACUGUACAAAAAUGUUGAGAUAAAAGGCAUCACUGUGCGGAUGAAAUGGUGUACCACUUGUCAGUUCUACAGACCGCCACGGUGUUCACAUUGCAGUGUCUGUAAUACUUGUAUUGAGACAUUUGAUCAUCAUUGUCCUUGGCUCAACAACUGCAUAGGAAAGAGGAACUACCGUUACUUUUUUCUCUUUUUAUGUACUCUGUUAGUGCAUAAACUUAGUAUAUUUUCUCACUGCGUCCUCUAUAUGCUGGACCACAAAGAAAUGAUUGGAGAUGUCGGCACCACAGUUUCUAUUGUUCUCAUGUGUAUAAUAGGUCUGUUGUUGAUACCUGUGGCCGGUCUCUCGGGAUUCCAUGUGGUGCUCGUCUCCAGAGGAAGGACUACAAAUGAACAGGUCACAGGGAAGUUUAAAGGUGGUCACAAUCCGUUUUCUCGUGGGUGCAAGUCAAACUGUGCAUAUGCACUCUGUGGACCUCAGUGGCCAAAGUUAGUUUCAUACAUUCCAAAAACGAGAACAAUACAGAUCGAUUCAUCAAAGGUCACGUACGUGGCCGCGGAUAAAGACGUGAAGUUGUAUCGAGAGACAAACUCUAAUGGUAUUCAGAGAAGUGGCAGCAAAAGCAGUGCAAACCGUUACACUGUUGACUGGGAAGAGGACUACAAGGGCAGCCAGUCGCUGGAUUGCGAACCUUCUCCACCGACAAGAAAGCAGAGCGAUUCCUACACUAAUCUCUUUGAUAAUACACAGCCUCAGCCAAUGGCAGUGGGUGCUACAUUUAAUGCAAGUCAAGCAAAUCAUGUGUCACACGAGUCUCCACGUCCCAAAAAUCGCAGUUUGUACGAAAGACCUUUACAUUGGUCACCCAAGCACAAGAGUAGUCUUCAACCUGACCAGGCACCUAUAGCAACAAUUGAGGAUUCAAAUCUUUCCGGCAAGCCUUCACCAGUCACCCCUAUGACGCCAGUGAUUCCAAGCUACGGUGAGAUCAACAGUCCUGUUUUACAACGAGGGAUUCCAAAAGGAUAUCAGAAAUACAUAGACCGCCGGAAUGUAGCCAUGAAACAUGCACCCACAUAUAAUCAUUCCAGAACUUCUAGAGAUUCUGUGCCUGUUGCGCAUUACAAUGAAAACAAUUACCCUCCUUCAGACUCUAGACUUGGGUACAAAAACAGUCUCUCAAAUCAAUCUCCAAAAGAGUUUAGUCCUGUUUACUCUCAGCAGAGCCGCUCAAGGGAAGAGUUGAAUUCUCACCACCCUCCGGCAAGGAGGGAGUCCGAGGGCCAACACAAGUACCCAGAUCCAGAAAGUCAGUAUCCUCGGUCGAGAGUAGAAAAAAACAGUCCACAGUUGUACCAGCAUAGAACAAGGACUGAACAGGCUGGGCCACCUAUGUCUGGCCCCAGCCAGCCAAUGCCAAAUUCCAUAAUUGGUGCUAUCAAACAGGAUGAGGACUAUUCCGCCCCAAGGCGGCCGUUGUCGUUCGUUCGUGCUCUGGAAGUUAGUCAGACUGUCGACCAACACAAACGGGCUCAAAAUCAGAGAUUGGCAGAGUCUCGGCAACAGAGAAACGAAAAUAGCCAGAGUAUAUAUGAUUCAUCGUACGAGGUGUCUGUGUGAGAUUUGUGCAUCACCUUGUCGAUUGGCACAGUUAGUGUGGUACACAUUGUCUGUUGAAAUCACUGUGAUGUCUCAUUUGGUUUUCAUGUAGCUGAUGUUUGGUAUUUAAAAAAUGCGGAACUUGAUUUGGAAUCUGUGAGUCAUUUGAUUGGUGUAGUCAUGCAUGUGAUGUUUUAUAUUCAGGUUAGUACUACAGUCGAGUAUAAACGGAACAAAAUAUGUUGCUACUGCUGUCAUUAUAAUCAAACUCAGGAAAAUAUUUUUGUUCCUGGUUAUUUUUUUAUCAGCAGAUUUUAAUGCCACACCUCCUCCACCAGUUGCAAUUUGUUUUACUGUGGGGUUUUAUGUGAUGCUCCUUGCCAAUGUAGUUUAUUUCAUGCUAUUUAUUGUUAGAAAGUAGUGUACUGUCUUUGGGGAGCAAGGAAUGGAAAUUAAGGUUACUUUAGCGGAUAUAUUGUCUCUAGUUAAGUAAACUAUUAGUCUACUUAUAAGUAUAAGCAUAAAUGCAGUGUUACAUAUUAUUUGAAUCCUUUUUUUUUACAAAUGCAUCAUUCAUAAAAAGUUAACAAAUCAUGCGAAAAUUUCUUAAUGUUUUCGCCUUGUAUUUUUGGGAAUUUUGUCCAAUAUAUUGUUGACUUUGAAUUACAAAACUUUCAUUGUUUUUUUUUUUAUGGCAGUCUGUCCAUUUUUAAUCAAAUCAACACAAUUUGUCAGUUGUGGGGGGUUUUUCCCACUGGCUUGAUAUAUAUUUAUAUAUAUAUAUAUCAUCAGUCAGACUUUGAAAUCUUACAUAAAUACACAGUGGCAUAUUUACGGAAAAUAGUGCUUAUGGCAAGCACUGAAAUUAUGCCCCUAUCCAAACAUCUGACACCCAUCUUUUAGAUAACGUCUGACUUUAAUAGAAACUGCUCAGUGGCGCCUCUUUCAAGUGCCCAGGGCACGUGCCAUACCUACCAUACUCUAGGUAUGCCACUGUAAAUACGUGAAGUAAACGCAUGUAGCACCGAGAAAAUGUUUGUCAAAGAAAUAGGGUAUUUUCCACAUAGGCCACUAAAGUAAACUGCAACAUAUUUCUGUUGUGGUCCUACUAAAUGGUGAUCAGUCAAGUCUUGUUUAAACAUACCUACAAUGUGGUUGUGUUAAAUAAAAAAACCUGGGACCAAACAUUUCUGAUGUUUCUGUGUCUGCAUGCAUACAGACUUUCAUUGUUUGAUUUGUUGUUAAUAUUGGAUUGGAAAUGUUGUGGUUUUGAGUUCACCAGUUGAUUACUAAAAUGACAGAAAAUGGUAUUAUCUAGAACUAAACUAAUGAAGUAAUAUGUUGUGAUUGUAGUUUGACUGUGAUAUAUUGAUUGACUAACUUGUUUGUAAAUUUGUUGAAUUCUGUUUUAUUGCAGUCUGUUCAUAGGUAUGUACUCAUUGAGCCUUGUAAGAAUAUAAUAACUUCACACUAUUGGAAUCAGGUGCGUGUACAGGGGGGGUGUGGGGGGGGAGGGGGGUUCCUAGACAUGCUCUCCUGGAAAUGUAUUGAAAAGUUAGAAAUUUUGCUUGUGAAGGUGGGGAGGGAGUUUGAUCCCAAAAUGCGGCUGUGAAGGCAUUUAACAUUUUAUUACAAUAUAUCUAAAGACAUUUUUUACCCAUUCAAUAAUUUCCCUUGAAUUCCAUGUAUAUUGAAUAAAAGACCAGAACUAGUCUACAUUUUGUACGGUAAUUUUUUUUUCGAGUACUGUUCCUAUAUUGAUAUUCUGUCAUUUACUACAAUAUGCAAACCUCGUGGCAGUCUUAUGCAACAUUUUGCAGAACUUUAAUAACCUUUUAAUUUAAAAUAGAAAAGAAUAGAAUCUAUUGGUAGAAGGUUUCAAAUGUGAAAUCAUGCUCUAUCAAAAGGCUACUCCUUUCAGCUAGCAGCAUGAAGUCUGUUAUAUCUGUUGCACAGAACAGCAUUUGCCCUAUACUUUGAUACUAGUAUAGUGGUCAUGCCGAAAGUUUAAUAACUUUGCAGUAGGUCCACUGAUGGAGAGAAAUUGAGAAUGCUACACUAGAUAUACGGAACUCAGGAACUUUCCAUGGUAUCUGACCAUACAAAAGUGAAGUCUGAUACCAUGGGAAGUUAACAGGUUUCAUAAAAAUGGUAUCUAGCAACAAACAAGCGUUGUAUUUUAUUUAUAACCCACUUUUAAAUAAUAUAAAUUCUGACGGUUACUUCCAACAUAUCCCAUCAAGACAUGGGAAUGCACACAGUUAAGAACAGGGAAGAUGACGUUGCUUACCAAAUUAAGGAUAUUUUGCAACUAAUAAGCAAGUUGUGGUGCAUAUGAAAUUUGUACGACACACCCAGACAUUAACAAGGUGGGUAAUAAAUUCUAUAAUACACAUCAUUUCAAGUGAAGUUCCCUGAUAUACAUCCUACUCUAUUGAAGUUGUAAAAUGACUUCAAUGUUUUUUAAGGCCAAUACAUUGCUUAUUUAACAAAUUAUUAAUGGGAGAAGAAUUUGGUCAGUAGCCUGUAAUUAGUGAGGUUUUUUGUGCAAUACGUUUUUGAACCACACAAUGGCUGUUACAUUUCCAGUGCCCAGUGAACUUAUUUUACUGUUGAGACCAAAAGGUUUGAAGAUAUUACAGGGGUGGAAUGAUUUUUAAUCUUUCAAAUUAAGAAAAAAAUUCCUUGAAAGAACUUAAUCAUAUGUAUGCUUGGCAAAUUCAGCAAAUUGUAAACCCUUAAUCAAGGUUGCACAUUAAUUCAUCCCAAUCAGUUGAUCAUUUUAAGCUUUUUGUAUUUGAAAUUCAGAUCUAUGGCAUUUAUGAGAUAAAGAUAUGUUUCUGGAAUUGGUUACCAUUUUGUCUACUACUUUUUGACAUGGCUGUCACAUAUCUGAAAUAUUUUAUUUUAAAAUAUUUGUUUGUUGCAUUAACUGUACAAAAGUGUUGAACAAUGUAUAUUUAAAAUAGUUACCUGGAUUGGUUUGUGGUUUGGUUUCUUCACUAAUCAAUAUGUAAGUAAUAAAUUAUUUACUAUACCAGUUAAUAUUUUGUUAAACAUCACAAAUAUGCUACUAAAAUGGUUUGAUUAUCUGUAUCGGAAUUGACAUUGUACUUAAUAUGGAGCAUGAAGUUAAUAGCGCUGUGCAUGUAGUGAACUGUAGUCAUUUAUAUAAAUCCCUGCAUUCUUUCACCAUUGUAACCAAAUGGCAGCAUUUAUCGUUGCAUAUAUUAGCAUCAACAACAUGUUUGUUUUUGGUGGAAUUGUCCAUUUUUUCUUUAUAACAAGAACAUUUUAAUUGGCCUACCUAAAAUAUGUGCAGAUUUAUUGAUGAAAAUAUAUACGGCUUGUUAUUAUAUUUUGUAACUUAUUUAACUGGCAGCAAUUUCAGCUUGAAAGAUGUAUCCGCUUCAGUAUCACCAUGUCAUACUCAUUAUAUUGAAUUUGUGUUUCCUAACAACAUAAUUAAUUAUUCAUAUUUUGUGAAUGUGUGAAAUCAGUUUAGGCAUUGUUUUAAAACUGUUGACCCUAGUUUCAGAGGUAGAUACCUUUUCUGGUUUGUAUAAAAUGUAUUUUGAGCAACACCAAAACAACUAGAAACUUCUAUUGCUAGAGUUGAUAAUAAAAGCAGUGUUUUAAGUAUUGUGUAAACUAAUGGUAAAAAAGCUGUAAAUGCCGAUCAUAUUUUACACAGCCUGAAAGCUAGGGUCAGCUGCAUAAUGAUUUUUUAGUACCUGAUGGUAAUAAAUUAUAAUACGUGUAAAAUGCCUGGGUGAAAUGAUCAAUGAAAUUUGGUAUAUUUAGUUGCAUUAUCUUCAUGUAAUAAAUCUGCAUUGACCAUAUAUUUUCAGUUUGUGCCGGUAAUCUUGAACAUGUUACAAAUAAGUCCAUUUGCAGCUUGGCUUCGACAAUAUUUUGUCAUGUCAGAUGUCCUUCCUGUCAUCAUUUAAAACAUCAAUUUUGUAAUUUUGUUACUUUGAACAUAUUUUUGGUCUGAUCCUAUUUUUAUUUCACAAUAUUUUAAUAUAAUCUAUUGCCAUUAAUUAUCCUAUGGAUUUUAGCGUUGUCUGAUAUAUUUAUUUAUGUAUGUGUUCGGGCAAUGGCUGAACAGGAUGACAUAAAAGCAUUGCUGAUGUGUAGCCCAAUGUGAGGAGCAUGGACAAGAGAUCAGUGGAUCUCUCCAAGGGAAUUUUUGAAAAGGUAUGUCAGCAUAUAACAUUUUCUAGCAUCAGCAACACAAAAUUGGUGUAAUGUAAACGAGAAAAGUGUAGAUUUAAAAGGACAAUUAAAUUUCCAUUACAUUCAUAACAAGAUAAAGUCAUCCCAUUGGUCCAGAUGAAGAUAUGCCUUGCAGUUAAAUUUUUUAAUACAUUUUAUUUGAAACACAUGUGAUUACUCGCCUGGUGCCAUUUCAGGAGAGUGAUCUUCAGCUCACCUUGAUUUUGCCCAUGGUGAAGAUAGAUCUGUACCAACCAGUAAUCCAUGACUUGUAUAUCAAUGACUUGUAUAUCAAAGGCUGUGGCAUGUGCUGCUUGAACAUUUCCAUGCAGCUUAUUGGGUAGCCUAUUUGGUGGCAGCUUUUUUAAGUUAAGAUGUCAGGCUAAGUAUUCAGUAUUAAGUUUUUAACACUAUCAUGUUAGUCCUUGUUUGUAUGAUUUGACCUAAUAGUUGAGUAGGAAACAAUAAACAUGGGAGUUAUGAAAUUGAUCCAGAGUAUAAUGUAAGGCUUUUAGCAUUUAUAAAUGUAUUUGAUCAAGUUCUGACCUUUGUAGAUGCAGUGUUCGAAAUAAUGUUUUGAAACUACUUGCAAAAUCUGCACCUACUAAUUUCAACUACCUACAAGACAACCUGCAGUCUUAUCAUUGAAACCAAAUGUGGAAGUUGCUUGGGGUCAUCAAAUAAAUGUGAUUAGUAGCACACACAGCAAGUGACAUAAAGAAUAACCUUUGUUACACACCCGUUGGUAAGAACACCAUGUGGGUUUUUUGUGAUCUCUCAGCAAUAACACACUGCUGUUGAUUUAAAGACAUAUGAUUGGCUGCUAUUAGAUGUUGACCUGGUAACAAUUGUCAUACCAUCCAAUGAAACAAACAGAAUUAAUUGUGACAAUAAAGUUGACCUGAAACUGAUUACUCUGUGACAUAAGUUUUAGUUGGAAAGAAGCAUGUGAAAAUAGAAUACUACAUGUGUGUCCAUUAGAUACUAUUUAUCUUGCAUCUUGUUUAAAAAUUAACCGGCCUCGGUGGCGUCGUGGCAGGCCAUCGGUCUACAGGCUGGUAGGUACUGGGUUCGGA